AUGCUAUAGUGCUAUAAAUUCAGAUCUUCGGAAAUUUGUAUGCAUAUAGCUUUAAAGAUGAAAGCUGAGAAACUAAGUUGUGUAGAAACGGAUGAACGGACAAACGCCUGAUGGCUGUUGAUAAGAUCAAGAAAAUAUAUACUUAUAUGUGCCCUCUCGUGUUUUCUCUUGUUGUUAAUAUGAACAACAGCAUGAUAAGCUGGAUUAUAAAGCCGAGACUCAGAAUCAAUAGACAAGCACUCUCACAAUGAACACCGCAGUAACCGGAGUUCCAGUAUUCGUUGUAAUUACUCUGAUGCUCCAGCUUUUACAACCCGGAUGCAGUCAAUUUCUCGAUCCAGCCUGCGGAAUCCGAACCAACUCGACUGCGAGUCCCUGGAUAGUUUUUCUGCACUCAACUACAGAUAAAUUUGUGUGCAGUGGAUCCCUCAUCACAAACAAACUAGUACUCACUGCAGCUCAUUGCCUCAUUGCUAAGCCACUGAUAGCCAGGCUGGGGAAGUAUAAAAGAACAAGCAGCGAAGAAUGCACCGGAUAUCACUGCAAUUUUCGAGAAGAGCACACGGUGGAUGCAGCCUUCAAGCUCAAAUUGUAUGAUGAAGGUUCACUUGCUAAUGACAUUGCCAUUCUGCGACUGGCCAAACGCGUUGUGUACGCAGACAACAUCAGGCCCAUUUGCGUUGUGUGGAAUGCUAGGUGGAGGCAGUACAUCGACAAUAUAUAUUUGCUAACUAGUACUAGGCUGGAAAAGUCCAAACUAGAGAGUGGCAGUGAUGCUCUUGGGACACUGGACAUUUAUCGCCAGCAACCAGAAGUGUGCGCUAAAUUCAACGGCUUAAACAUCUCUAGCAACCAAUUCUGCGCAGGCAACUGGGACAGUAAUCUCUGCGACGGCGGUUUCGGUAGUCCAUUGGGAGCAACGAUCACAUAUAAGAACACACAGCGAUUUGUCCAAAUCGGAAUAGCCAGCUAUACAAACGUAAAUUGCGAAAAGGCUGUUGUUUUCACGGACGUUCUGAGCCAUGUCGACUUUAUUCGUCGAGUGUGGAGGAUGCACGGCAGUGGUCAAAGGUUACCGAUCCUAAAGAAACUUAAAACGACCAACCGUGCCCAGGACUACGAUUCCGAUACAAAUGAUGGUUCGUAUUCCGAAUGGAACUAUAGUCCCGAAGGGUUUUUGGAGAGAUCCUAGUAAGAGUUUUCAGGAUAUUUCAAAUAGAUUUGAAUUAUAUGUAAUAAAUAAAGAAUGCAUAUUCAUAUAUAAAG